AUGCAAAAGACAUGGAAAGAAAAAAAUAAUAAUACUACUGGUACAUUAAGUAGUUCAGCUACAUCAUCCCUUAGAGAUAUACUUAACGCUACAUCACCCAAAGAUCAGGACUUGAAUGUCAAACAUCAUGAUAUUCUUCCAAAUUUACCAUCUCCAUAUAUACAGAUACCCAUUAGUGAAAUUAAUAAACUUGAUAAUUUAGCAGUUAAUAUUAAAAAAGAUUGGAAGAAAACCUCCAAAAAGAAGUAUGGAAAAGAGAACCAAGAUAUGAUGUAUGAUGAACAAUCGUUGGUUCAUGAUCUAAUUAAUCUUAACACGGCUGUUCACGUCAGUCCAGCUCGAUUAUCUACGAAAAUUGCUGAAAAAACUCCUGAAUCUCAACAGCAAUCUGCAAAGUCAAAGAAAAAAAUACCAGAAAAAAGCGUAUCUAAAAUCUUAAAAGCUUCAAUAUCAUUUUCAACUGCAAUUUAUAAUGAAGGUAUCAAGCGUAAGAAACUGAAAGUUUUUGAUGAUUCACAAAUAAAACAUAUUAAAAUCAAUUCAAAUGCUAAAUUCAUCCUCGAGAAAAUAGUCGAAGAGCAGCUAAAGCAAUGCAUAAUAAUUAAUACUUUACAAGAAAGCAAUUAUGAAUUAAAAUAUGAGAUCUUUGAAAAUCGCAAGCUUUUACAAAACAUUCUUACUAUUUUAACAUCAGGAUCACUAAUCACGAUUAAUAAAUUAAUGCAACAAGAAGAGAAACUGAAACAGCGCUUAAAGAGAAAAGAUACGAAAUAUAUGUGGUGGGAUGUUAUAAACAAGAACCCAUCAGAUUCUGAUAUUGAACAAGCUUUCAAAUUACAAGUUCAAAUGGAUUGUUCUCAAAAGAUGUAG